GGCCCCACGGUGUCCCCGCACGGAGAGGGACGCGCGCCGGGCCGGGGCCGGUGCGGGGCCGGUCCCGUCAUGGAGGAGCCGGGCUGCGGGGCGCAGUUCCGCGCCGCCGUGCAGGUGAUCCAGGGGCUGCCGCGGAGCGGUGCGUACCGGCCCUCCUACGAGGAGAUGCUGCGCUUCUACAGCUACUACAAGCAGGCGACGGCGGGGCGCUGCCAGGGCCCGCGGCCCGGUUUCUGGGACCCCAUCGGCCGCUACAAAUGGGACGCCUGGCACAGCCUGGGCACGAUGUCCAAGGAGGAGGCGAUGGCCGCGUACGUGGCGGAGAUGAAGAAGGUGGCCCAGAAGGUCAUUGACACCGUGCCCAUGGACGAGAGCACGGAGGAGAUGUUCCGCUACUUCGAGCCGCUCUACGAGGUGAUCCACGACAUGCCCCGGCCCCCCGAGUCCUUCUUCAGGAGCAGAGGGGAGAGCCAGGGGCAGCAGGAUGGCCCCGGCCAGGAUGGCAGAGAGAGCAGCCCAGCUCCAGAGAGCCCCAGAGACACCCUGCCUGGGCAGCAGCAGCACGGGCAGCACGUGCCAGGACCUGGGCUGGCUCCUGCCCCUGAGGCACUUGAGGGGAGCCAGGUGACGAGUGACUCUGAGGGGGACACGUUCAGUGACACCCUGGAGCAGAUGGAGCCUGAGAAGGCCGGGCAGGUGCGGGGGCUCACCCCAAAGGGGGUCCAGGCUGGGGCUGAGCCCCCAGAGCCCCACAGUGCUGGGCAGGGCGAGUGGGGCGAAGGCAGAAGAGCCGAGGGGAGCAGCACCACAGACCUGCCAGCCCUGGGCUCCGAGACAGAUGUCCGGCUGGCCGCGGGGGACCCCGGGAGCAGCCCCGAGCUGGGCCCGGGGCUGGCGGCGGAGCUGGAGGCGCACGUGGCCAGCACGGUGCGGGCGCUGCAGGAGGAGCUGCGGCGGGUGCGGGAGAGGCUGAGCCGGCUGGAGACGCUCGGCACUGCCCAGGGGGAGGCAGCUGGGACAGACCCUGGCCCGGCACUCGCUCCACAGGCCUUGUCCCCGUGGCGCCUGACCGUGUCCCCGCGCACACUGCUCUUCUUGGCCACCUGGCCCUUCGUCACCCAGUGGCUGCUGCGCCACUGGCAGGGCAGGAAGAGGUGACCCCCGAGCACGCGUCCCCGCCGCCACCGCCACCCCUCCUCGCCAUCCCGCUUCGCACGGAGCCACGCGGGAAUCGCCUCAGCAGCCACCGGGCCCGCCCGGGGAACCGGCACCGACACUCAGGGCCAGCACCGGCCACCACGCCGCCGCCACGCACAGACGGAGCAGGAGCAGCCCCGGGCCCGUCCCGGCCUCCGGGGCCGCUGGGACAUCACCGAACCUGCCUCAAUUAAAGUCGCCUUUUCGGUUCAA